AUAUAAUGGAGGUUGAAAUUAAAGUAAAAUCAUACAUUUGUCCAUAGCAGAGAUAAGAACAAACAUAAUGAGGAAAAUACUGAUCAUUUUUGCAUCAUUACCAGUACUAGCCCUGUCUCUGGUUGUAGAGGACGAUAUUCCACCAAUAUUACAAGAAUGUUACAAUCAACACACAUAUUCCAACUCUUUGGACGAACAGACAAACUGCUUACAAAAAUACUUAUUCCAUCUGUUUGGAAAUUCAACACAACAAACAUUAGUGGACAAGAAUGCAUUAGACUGGGUAGACUCGCUUGGUCGAAGUGUGCAUCACAGAUUAAAAAGACAAACAAGAUAUAAUACAUAUAACACAUAUAAUAGAUAUAAUAAUAGAUUUCGAAGGCCGAUCCCUUCAGUGGACCGAAGACGAGUGAGAAAAGAAAUAAGGACAUUAACAGACCAGGAAAGACAAGUAUUCUUCGAUGCCAUAAAUGCGCUGAAGAAUGAUAAGUCAGCGAGCCCAAAUCAAUAUGAUGUCCUGGCCUUAAUGCACCAAACUUCAGCUCUAACCUCUGCUCAUAGAGGUCCUAACUUUCCUAGCUGGCACAGAUACUUUCUCCUGAUUCUCGAAGAAGCCUGUGUCAGAAAGAGAAGUACUUUUGUGCUUCCAUACUGGGAUUCUUCUAUAGAUUUUAGAAUGAGUGAUCCAUCUGAAUCAGUGCUGUGGACAGAAAUAUUUCUUGGAAAUGGGAGAGGUGUAGUAUAUACUGGUCCAUUUGCCAUGUGGAGAACACCCACAAAUAAUACAUAUUUAAGGCGUGAUAUACCAGGCGCAAACAGUUCUCUAAUUAAUCCAGAUACAAUAGUUAACGUUUUUAGAAAACGUUAUAACAGAGAAAUAUUAACACCAACAGCGGCAACAGAGGAGGACAAUUUGGAAAAUCAUCAUGACGGUGUUCAUCGAUGGGUUGGAGGUGAAGAUGGUCAUAUGGGCGGUUUAGAGACUAGUCCUCAAGAUCCUGUAUUCUUUUUGCACCACUGUUAUAUUGAUUAUCUUUGGGAAGUAUUCAGAGAAAGACAACAGAGACUAGGAAUAAAUACAGAAGAGGACUAUCCAGAAACUACUAACGAAAAUCAUCACCCAAAUAGAAUAAUGGAUAAUCUAUCUCCACCAAGGACCAAUAAAUGGGGUUAUAGUAAUAUAUUUACAGAACGUAACGGUAUAUAUCGUUAUGCCCCAGCACCUACAUGUGCCAAUAGAUGCGGUGGAGCCUACAAUGGUUACUUGUUUUGUAACAGAAGAACUGGCCAUUGCGAACCUAGAACAAAAAGACAGUUCAUAGAUAUGGGUGGUUUCAGAAAUAUCGAUAGUCCUUACAUAAAUGACCAACCGAUAGUUGCUUCUGCUGCAAAUACGCAAGCGGCACAAACGGUUACGUUUAGGCCGAGCUCCGAAUCAAGAUUAACUAUCUCAAAUCCUGCUCCUUCAAUUUUAAGACAUUUUGAGCAACACCUUAUCGAUCCAAGGACAAGAACCACACGUAAAAAGCGAUCAAUUGCUACAUUUGGUAACGACAAUGUAGCUAUACAGUCAUCUUUCUAUCCUAAUCUAUUAGCAACAAUACCAGUAAAAAUUGUUAACACGCAUCAUUCAUCAGGGAACAGCAAGAACUCAUUUGAAAAUGUUAAUUUUGUACAACAAAUAUCUACCUUAAAUGUUUCUUAUGAAACUGUAGGCUUUUCGUACAAUGGUAAUCACACGGGUCAUAUUAUAAUUGAUGAAAAAACACAGACUGCAGAGUCUACUGUUAUGAUUGCGUUUAAAAAACCUAUGUUCGGUAUGACAACAGCUAACGUGAGAGUUUUUGAUUCUUAUGGUGGAAUAUGCAAACCAGAAUGUUUUGAAUCUGGAUCUAACUUUUAUAAGGAUUGUUCCGGAGUUUUAAAAAUAACAGCAGAUUUACCUCUUAUGUUUAAUGACCUCAGUGAACAUAUAGAAGAUUCUCAAAGACCAUACAUGAUUUUUAAUUGCCAUAAUUAAUUACAUACAAUAACUUGGAUGUCCUGUGAUAAUUUGUGAAUUCCAUUUAAGCCAACAAGAGGCUUUUCGUUUCAUUUUAUAUGUAUUGUUACUAUAAAAAUAAAAACCCGUCGUGCAUGGGUUAGGUUAAAACAAUUCUAAAAAAAAUUUGCUUAAUUUUUCCUGACUUUGUGAACUGACCCCCGCCUAAACCCCAGUAAAAGUAUAUUUAACAUUGAAGGGCCUCAAUUCUCUUUAACUUCGUACUUUAUUUGGCCUUUUUAAACAAAAUUAUUCGAGCAUCACUCACUGAUGAGUCUUUUGUAGACGAUUCGCUCGUCUGGCGAAAAUACAUUAUUCCAAUCGUUGUAUCUUUGAUGAGUUUAUUCAUUGGAGAAAAAGUUAUCUUGAUUUUUCAAGAUUGCAGUUAUAAAUUGUUAUUUCUAAUUAUUUAUUAUGGUUGAUUAUUUAUCCAUACUAAAUAUAUAUAUUUUUUUAUAUAGAUUAAACAGUUGGUUUUUCCGUUUGAAUGAUUUUACACAGGUAAUGUUAGGGCCCUUUAUAGCUUGUUGUUCGGUGUGAUCCAAGGCUCCGUGUUGAAGGACGUACAUUGACCUAUAGGGUUUACUUUUAUAAAUUUUUAUUUGAAUGGAGAGUUGUCUCAUUGGCAUUCACACCACAUCUUCCUAUAUUUAUAAAUUGAAUAAUUACGAUCAUAUAUUGUAGCGUUACGUUUUUUCUCAUUUUGACAUGUUACUCACUGUUGAUUAUAAAGUUUAUGCUCAUUGUGUUUGUUUGGUUGAUUGCUGUUGGUUUGUUUGUGUGUGUGUUUUUAUAAUUUGGCUUUCCAAAUAUGUUUUAUUGUACGAAUGUUGAUAUAUAGCUAAAAUAUGUCUCAUUGGUAACCUUGUGCUACAUUACUUUGUUACAUUUAUUAUAAAAUUUGUACUAUAAAUAUGUUAAUAUUUAGAUUUGUUUAUUGAUAGUCAUUAUACUUUUAUAUUUUUAAUUAAAUACAAUUCUUCAUUUA